AUGCUUAUGAAUAGUGGUAUCCUGUUCACUUUUAGUCCAUUGUUCUGGAGUACAGGAUUUUACUGCUUGAUGUUAUCUCUAACUAUUGGCGAUGCCCGACUAAUAACGCGCAAACCGUUUAGCGAAGAUACAUUUUUUGAUUUGAUGCAACAGUAUCCUAUUAAUAACGUGUUCACUCCACCUUCCUACAUUCAUUUACUGAUGCGUCAUAAAAGGACUAAAACUGUGGAUUGGUCUAACUUAAAAACUUGGACCUUUGGAGGAAGUUUGGUAUCAGAAGAAAUUCGAAAUUAUGUUGAUGCUCUUCUCCCAAAUGGACGUUCUAUUGAUGGUUAUGGCGUUUCAGAACUAGGUCCAGUUGCCGUCGACUUAUUUGGAAGACGAUCGCAUUCCGUAGGACAAUUACUAUCGAAUGUUAGUGGUAAAAUAGUGGAUGAAGUUGGUACGGCUCUAAGUAAUGGAGAACGUGGAGAACUACUGCUGAAAUUCAGUGAACCUUUGCUCGGUUAUCACAAUAAUAGGACAGAAACUGCAGCUGCCUUUGACGAAGAUGGUUGGCUUCGAACUGGAGACAUUGCUUCGUUUGAUGAGGACGGGUAUCUAUACAUACUGGAUCGAAAGAAAGAUUUACUGAUAUACCGAGGUUACCAUAUUGCCCCUGCCGGCUUGGAAGCAAUUAUCGAACGGAUCGAGGGUGUGGAGCAGGUUUGCGUUGUUGGAUUGCCUACCGAAGAUGGUUCUUCCGACCUGCCCGCUGCAGUUAUUGUAAAGAGUUCACAAAGCGAUUUAAACGAGGAAAAAAUUUUGCAGAUAGUCGAUGAACAGGUGGCCGAUCACAAAAGAUUACGAGGUGGUGUGUUCUUCGUUUCUUUCUUACCUAUGACGGAGAACGAUAGCGGUCGGAUCGCAUCUUGUCUUGGCUCACAGGGAGCAGAUAAGACCAGCAAUGAAGAUCAAUAG